CCACAGGGGCUGAACUGCCGAGUCAAGAACAGUACCUGCCUGGAUGACAGCUGGAUCCAACCUCGACACUUGACCCCCUCGUCCCCAAAGGACGUCCAGGUUGAGGUGCGGGUGGCCCGCACCCAGGAUGGAGACCGAGUCCCCGUGGUUCACAUCCAGUGGGCACUGCAGACGGAUGCCAGCAUCCUCUCCUUGGAGGGGGUGGAGCUCUCUGUCCUGCAGCUGACCACCAACGAGCGGCUGUGUGUCAAGUUUGAGUUUCUCUCCAAGCUGCAGCAUCAUCGCAAGCCGUGGCGCUUCGCCUUCAGCCACUUCGUGGUGGAGCCCGGCCGGGAGUACGAGGUGACCGUCCACCACCUGCCCAAGCCCAUCCCGGACGGGGACCCGAACCACCAGUCCAGGACCCUCCUCGUGCCGAACUGCGACAACCGCGCCAUGAAGGAAACCAGGCCGUGCGUGAGCGCAGGCAGCCUGUGGGAGCCCGACAUCGCCCUGCGCCUCCUGGAAGCCCCCCAGCAGCUGCAGGUCAGCUUCGCCCCGUGGAACGAGUCCGCCCGCUACCAGGUCCUGCUGGAGAGCUUCCGGCGAGACGACAAUGAGACGUGUUUCCAGCGCACGGUGGACAUACCUGCGCCCACGGCGGAGGCCCUCCACCAGCGGGCCAACCUCACGUUCCUGCUGCCCAACGCCGACUGGUGCUGCCGCCACCAGCUGAAGAUCCAGCCCUUCUUCAGCAGCUGCCUGAACGACUGCGACAGACGGAUCGCGAACGUCAGCUGCCCCCCGACCGUGGACCCUCCAGGCCCGGUUGCAGACUACGUGCCCCUGUGGGUGUACGUGUUCAUCACGGGCGUCGCCAUCUCGCUGGUGGGCUCCGCCAUCCUGCUGACCCUCUGCAUGACCUGGAGGCUGUCGGGGUCUCGUCGUGAGAAACCGGGUGCCAGGGACCCAGAUGCCGUGCCCACUGCCGGCCUGACGCCACCUCCCCUGAAGCCCCGGAAGGUCUGGAUCGUCUACUCGGCCGACCACCCCCUCUACGUGGACGUGGUCCUGAAGUUCGCCCAGUUCCUGCUCACCGUCUGCAGCACUGAAGUGGCCCUUGACCUGCUGGAGGAGCAGGUCAUCGCGGAGAUGGGGGUCAUGACCUGGGUGGGCCGCCAGAAGCAGGAGAUGGUGGACAGCAACUCCAAGAUCAUCAUCCUGUGCUCCCGAGGCACCCGGGCCAAGUGGCAGGCCAUCCUCGGCUGGGAGGAGCCUGCCGUCCAGCUCCGCUGUGACCACCAGAGGCUCGCCGGGGACCUCUUCACCGCGGCCAUGAACAUGAUCCUGCCGGACUUCGAGAAGCCGGCCUGCUUCGGCACCUACGUCAUCUGCUACUUCAGUGGCAUCAGCAGCAAGGACGACGUCCCCGACCUCUUCCACAUCAUGCCCAGGUACCCGCUCAUGGACAAGUUCGAGGAGGUGUACUUCCGGAUCCAGGACCUGGAGAUGUUCGAGCCGGGCCGGAUGCACCGCGUAGGGGAGCUCACGGGGGACAACUACCUGCAGAGCCCCAGCGGCCGGCAGCUCCGGCAGGCCGUGGACCGGUUCCGCGAGUGGCAGGCACAGUGCCCCGACUGGUUCGAGCGCCAGAACCUCUGCUCGGCAGCCGACCAGGACCUCCAGUCCCUGGACGAAGAGGUGUUUGAAGAGCCGCUGCUGCCGCCGGGACACGGGAUCAAGAAGCAGAUGCCGCUGGUGCGGGAGCCCACUGCGGAGGACGGCCUGGCGGUGGAGCUGCUCCUGACCGAGGAGGGCGGGCAGGUGGCCCGGCUGCACCCCCGGCAUCAGCCCCAGGGGCAGCUGGUGGCGCAGAGCCUGCAGACCACGGUGCUGGCCCUGGAAGCGGCCCCUCCCGCUCAGGCUCUGGAGCCUGUCUCGCCUGCUGUGCUCAGGAGCAGCGUAGCCACUCAGGUGGCCGUUGUGGAGGGGGGUGAGGCCUGCCCACUGCUGGAGGGUUCUGGCCCCCAGCGGAACAGUGUCCUCUUCCUCCCGGUGGACCUGGAGGACGCUCCUCUCUGCAGCACCCCGAGGGCGCUGUCGGACGACCUCCCCGGGGCCGUAAGGGAGAAGCUCGAAGGCUUGAUGCUCUCGCUCUUCCAGCAGAGCCUGAGCGACCAGGCCCCUGAGGUCUGGGGGCGGCCGGCGCCAGCCCUCCAAGAGCUACACACGCCCUAUGGGGAGGGGCAGCGGGAGUCGGUGCAGUCUGACCAGGGCUACAUCUCCAGAAGCUCCCCCCAGCCCCCCGAUGGGCUGGUGGAAGUGGAGGAAGAGGAAGCCGGGCAGGACCUGGGACAGUCGGCCAAGCAACUGUCCCUGGAGGCGCUGGAGAGCCUGCGGAGUCUCCAGAGGCGGCUCCUCUUCCAGGAGCUCCGGAAGGACUCGGGCUGGGACAGCAUGGAGCCCGAGGGCCCAGUCACAUAGGGCCUGCAGACCCAGAGCGCGAGAGGGAGUGUGAGUGCCUGGGUGUGCGCGUGUUUCUGUGUGUAUAUAUGUAUAUACGUUCCCGUGUGAAAUGGCACCUUUCAAAUGCAGACAUCCUGAUUUUGAUGCCUA